AUGGGGUCUUCGGCUCAAAGACCAAUGAAGGUGUGGUUCCUCCAGACGAUUCAUUUUCAAACUUUCAUUAGUGAGCCUGUCGAUUACGAACAGUACCUGGUGCGGAACAAGGCCUCCAUCAUGAAUGAUCCUCACAGGGACUUAGUAUUAUUUCCUCCGGAUGAUGUUAAAAUAGUAAAAUUGAAGCGCAACUCAUUUGGCCUUAUUGGCGGCUCACCUCCAAGUGCUAGCAUCGUUGAAUUGACAAAGGCCAGUUCUCUGGCUCGCCACGUAGAGGGAACUUGCUUGCCGCCCAGUUGGUCCCUUCUUCAAGAACCCUUUGUCAGAUUCCGCGGCUCCUUCUGUGACCUUCCUAAAGACCAAAAAAAUGCCGAAUUGAUGACAGCGCCAUCGGAGCAGUGGUACGCGAUCGAUCAUGUUGAGGAGGCGCUUUCGAUUAGCGGCAAAGCCAUCACCACCUCCUCCUCCUCCUCCUCCACCGGCCGCCCUUACAGCACUUCUUCGUUGGCCAACUGCCCCGGCGCCGUGAGCAAUGGCGGCGCCACAAGAUUGUGGACGAGUGCGCGGCGUUCUGCUCUCGCCGCGAUGCAGUCCGCGCGGACUGCGGAGGGUAGUUCCGCUGAUUCAGGAGCGUCGUCUGGUGUCGACGGAAAGACGAACGCCCUCCUGCUGGAGGCUGAUGUGGCCAUUUGCAGCCGCGCCGAAUACCAAAGCCACCAGCGGUCGCGCGAGGCGGCUCUGGCAAGCGGCGCCACCGCGACGAACACCUCGGCGUUCGUUGGGGUUCGGCCCCGUCGGCGAGUGGCACUUCGCCAACUCACCGCCGACGACUUGGCGAAGCUGCGCUACCGAAACCCCUCGGAGCACUCAACAGCCCCCAACCUGCCCCUUGGGAUGUACCUCAUCGCGCCCACGGACUGGGGACUUCAGCCCUCCUCCUACACUGCCAUUGAGAGUCGCGAUGUCAUCUUCCUUGACGCAAUUGAUUCCGUCUCCCCGAUUGGCCGUCAUUGGCUUCGAUUUGAUCGGCACUCGGGGAGUCGAACACGGCGUAUCGCGAGCGACCGUCUGGAGUCGUUCUUCUCCUCCGUCCCAGUCCAAUGCAACGAGGUGUACGUUUGCUUUGAAGACAGCACCUGUCGAAAUGCCUGGAUCGCUUCAAUUAAACUCUCCCUCGAAGCGGAGCAGGCGAGGCUGCGCCUUGGCUACUCCUCGGCUUCUGUGGCUAACGGUGACUCCACGGCGCUGAUGGCCGAGGUAGCAAGUCGAAAGUGGACCAUCGAUGGUAAAGUGCCCGACGUCGAUUCCCUUCGAAGUUCCCUCCAACGCUUCUCUCAGGAAAACGAGUCGUUUGUCAGUCACCAGCGCCAGCAAAAUCGCCUCAAUCUCCUCUCCGUGUUCCCAGAUGUACAGAUCCCCCUCCACGGCCAGGCGUCGAGUGACUCCAUUUGGGACCAGCAAAAGUCAGAUUUACUCGAUUAUUAUGAACAUUCUGGCACGAAUUUUCCACCUAGCCUACGAAAAUUCCUUCCUGAAUGCCGCCGAGAAAUCGAAAAACGGCGAUUUCUCGUCACCUGUCUUUCACUCAAGACGGGCCUUCGAGCGUCCAUUGAGGAUACCUCGGGUGCAUGGGAAAUCGAUAAUGUGAGUCUUUUGCCGCCUGGAUUCACCCCUUUGUACGAUCUUGUCGAUAGGGGACGCCGAGGAGCCGAAGACGAUCACAAGAUGCCUAGGAAGCUUAGCGCGUUGCGUGUAGACAUUGAAUUUGGAAAUAUUCCCUUACCCGUGCCGGAGCCCUUCUUUGUGACGCUCUUCCUCGCCAGUACAAGCAACGAGGGAAUCCGUCUGACUGAGGACUUUUGCUGGAACCCCAAUUCUCCUCUGAUCGAUGCUAUGUUUCCCCCGGAGGCAUUUAGGCGACUGCCCUGGCACUCCCACGAGGCUGGUGUUGCAACGACCCCCACACAACCCCCUACCAUUCAUCCACACGGGAACAAGACAAUGGCUCCCCCGCCCCCUGUUCCACUGAAUCCCCAUGGCUCUCUCACUGUUAUUCCGUCGAAAUUGGCAAAAUGUAGAUCCGCACUCCUCUCCAUCGACCAGGGUAUUCGCGCGAAUUCCCUCUUUCUGGUCUUCCGCGUUGACAAGGUCCUUGUUGGGGGCAUCAGCCAGGCUGCGGAGAAGUACAUGAAGGCUGCGGGCAACGCCAAGGAUGCCGGCAACGCUCCCACCUCGAGCGAUCUGAAAACGGGGGCCGCACUUCACAAGUCGAUGCAGUCCUACUGCAAACUCCUCGGUCGAUACCGGAUGCCGUUUGCUUGGGGAGCAAGAUGGCUCUUCUCCAAGGACACGCAGGUGCCCCUUUUCAAGGUGGAUUCUUCCAAGGUAUCGGAAGUCGCCCUUCUCCAGUCAGUGCGACAGCUAGCUCGCCUCCUGACCUUGUCCAAGGACGCCACCAAUGGGGACGCUGGCAAAACCGACGUGGUGCCUCUCACCCCGGCUGUCCUCGAAACAAUCGAAAAGUCGAUCAAGGCGGAGGUCCUCCCAAUUCAGCUGCAUGUGGCUGUUAACGAAAUUUCCUACGACAUCGUAACAACCUCCGUGAGCGGUCUGGUGUCACCACAGCUGGUGGCUGUCAAGCAUUCACCUGAAGCGCCCCAGUCAAGCCAAUCCAUUAAUCUCCUUCACGUGACCGACUUUUCGUCGGAUGAAGUGGUGAAGGAGUUGGAGUUCUUCACGUCGCGCAAAAUUCGCAUGAUGACUGGACAGCAGCCCUACCACGCUUUCGACCCGGUUUUAAUUGACAAUGGCAAUAAUCGAGAAAGUGUCAUGCUCUUUGGCGAAAAUAAACGCGAUUCGAUGUCAUCCGUUCGCUCCGAUACGUCUCAAAGCUCAAGCAGUGCCGCAUACAGCGAUCCCAUUGGCAAUUCCAGCACAAGCAAAUUCCUUCGGCUGUCGUCCGUCCUAUCCAAAACUGCAUCUCUAGAACGUGGAGGAGUCAGCAGCUUAUCUUCGAAGGGCCUUGAAGGCGACGCUGAGGAGGACUUGUUCGCCCAACCUCCAUUGUCUCUUGUGGAUCCGUACCGAAGCUUUGUACACACGUUGUACGUCUACCCAAGGUCGCUUAACUUGUCAGUAAAGCACGGAUUUGGCAGGGCCCGGAACCUUUGCUGCUUCAUUGAACUGCGUGACAGCGACCUGCCGGAUGCAAAGCCUCUUAAAGUAUUCUACACCCGACCGUCGCCUCUACAGCCGCCGUUUGAUACUUGGUUCAACACCAGUGUUCUGCAUCACGAUUCAAGUCCCACCUUUCUCGAUGAGGCUAAACUGUGCCUUCCGAUUCUCCUGUCCCGUCGCCAUCACCUCCUCUUCCGGUUCUACCACGUGCGCUGCGAUUCGGCAGCCAAUCCCCUUGACAAGAACACCGAUCUUCCGAAUGGGUACCUGGGCUCCGUUGCCAAGUCCUCGCGAAGCUGCCCCGCAUCGAACAGAAACGACCAGUCAAAGCAGAACGAAGUUGGGGCUGCAAGUCCCGCCCCAGAACCCACCUGGCUGGACAACAAGCGCCCCCUAUUCUCGGUAAUCCUGGAACCUGUCUCAACCAUGUACACCCUAGACACCAAGUUGGCCCGGUUUUUCGCGCACUGCUCCCAGAAAUUGUCGCUCUACACUACCCCCGCGUCUACGCCCACGAGUCCCGUCUCAAGAGCCGUUCGAUUCAUCACCGCGGAUGACCGAUCAGCCACCCCUUCGGAGUCGCUCUCCUUGAUUGACAUGACAACGGGCAAGUUGCUUAGCAACGCAAUCAAAUCUCUCCUGCUGGUGGAGAGCUCCGCGUUGGUGCAAUUCUUUCCGGCGUUGGCGAACCAGAUCCUCGAAGUGAUUCUCAUCAGCUCGGCGAUGGGUCAAGUGGAGAUUAGCACUCGUCUUCGUGGUGGUGGUGGCGGCGGCGGCGGCGAGGUCGAUGAAAGCCAAUGGCUCACUCUCUGUCAGGACAUGAACCUCGGUGGACCCUGUGAUUUGGCGAAAACUGCUGUGGGCACCUUCUCCGUUCUCCUCUGCGUCGUCAAGGAUGCCCUCUGUGGCUCUACCUCAAACUCAACCCACAAUUACACCACGAAACCCGCGCUUCUGAAGGAUUUUAUUGAAGUAUCUACCUCUUCUCGCUUCUGUGACCUUUUUUUGCUUACUGUGCCAAAGGUUGUAGUUAAAAUGGGCCUCCAAGUCCACACCAAGUUUUGUCGGUGGUGCUUUGCUGUAAAGUGGGGUUCCAUGGUAACCGAACUAGUUCUUGAACACAAGCGAAAGAGGGACCUCAGCGUUUUCUUUGGCUUUGAAAUUCUUGAAGCUGGUGACGAAGCAGGUGGAUGCUUUGUAACUUCAACUCAAUUCCAGAAUUUCUCCCUCGACCCCUACGUCAUCUGUUCAACCGCCUCAGAAACCUACACAAUCCCAUCUGCCGGAUCCAGUUCGCUGUUUCUGCAUCACGCCGUCGUGCGUGGAAUCGUGUCCCUCUUGGUAGACGUUAGCAGUCCCUCGGAAAUCGCUCAUCGGUUCUUCGUUAACGCCUGGUUCUUCUUUGGCGUUGUGAUCAAGUCCCUUGCCCAGCACCUUCAUAUGGAUCGGAAAGACUGGAAUCGCCUGUCGCCGGCGUUCUUGGCUGACUUGACUGUCUUGAUUAGACUCCUUGGCAAGUGGAUGGUUGAACUCUGCUGCGAUCGUGAUGGACACCUCGCCGACGGAGUCGCUCACGACACACCUUCAACACGAAGUGGCCACGCUGCCUCCACUUCUUCCUCUGUGGCAUCAGGGGACAAUCAGGCAUCCGAUAACACCGCCUCAAAAGGUGCUCGUGUGGCCUCUUCAAAAGCCGCUGAGACCCUGGGCGUUGAGCUGGCUGACAGCACGGCGCAGUUUUUGGAACAGUUGCUUCUACUCAUUGAUCGAGGUUUCGUACUCCGAAAACUGAGGGACCUUCUAACCUUCCUGGAGAUAAGACACAAUAUGUCGGCGUUUGAAGUCGAUCGAUUCAACUGCAUCCGCUAUCGCCUGUUGCAGCGUUUCUCUGAGACCCAGUUUUUUGUUCAAAUCAACCUUCCUUCGUUGAGCCCUUACCUCUCAGUCGAUGGGUGCCCGCAUCUCAUAUUCCGCGGUUCCCGCGCUUGUCUAGAUCGCCGCGAAGAAUUCAGCUUGAGCGAGCGCUUCCGUGAGGAGCACUUCAUCGUGGGCCUCAGUCUGCAGCAGGUUUCUUGCGUCCUCGCCGGCUGUGCGGACGCCGGCGGCUGGAGUUCUGUUUCCUCGAGUCGUGUCUACCGACAACCGCUGCUCGGUCUGCUGGCACAGCUAGCCAAGUUGACCUUCGACCCACGCUACUCCACUGCCUCGAAGAGGACAAAGUCAAGGAUAUUUAUGCUGUACCUGCCGUUGAUAAAAAUUGCGCUGGAAAAUAUCGCCUCCCUGGGCCCGCCAGGUUUGCAGUUGAAGUCCCUGCGCCAGACAGACAACGCUGGCGGCGCCGAGGGUGAGUCGGUGACGGACUCUUCAAGGCACCACAGAGCCAAGGGUCACAAACUCCACAAGAUCCAUAACAAGAAGCACGCACCCGUGACUUCGCGGCCGAACAGCCUUGUUCUGCCUGAGGGGAGCGACGGCAGUGUCAGUUCCAUGUCCCUCGUGACUACCUCAUCCAUCGCAUCGGGAGAUAAGGAGUCAUGCACGUCUGCCGAUCGACGUUCAGCGGCUUCUUCGUACAUCGGCGCGAAUGGCAAAGUUGCCCCCGAGGUGCUCAAACAGAUCGCCGGCUUUAACCAGGGUGGGUCCUUGCACCGCGUUGUCCAGCGUCGACGCGCACCUUGCCCGACACCGCAGGCUCAGUUCGGCAGCACGGCGACGUUGACUGAAAGCGCCGAUGCAGAUAUCCCUGCUCCUGACGAUGACGCUGCCAGCGACAACUCCUGGACUCUUAACGGCGUUGGCGACAAUGGCAGUUAUAGUAGCACCGCCGAUUACAACUCAGACAUUGACGAAAACGACGAUGCCUGGGCAGAGCGUGUUCUCGAAGUGGCAGGCAUCCUGCCCACUGAGCGGAAAGUCGGCAAUGGUUUUGUCGGUAAACCCUCGGCCGGUGUCCUCCCACCUCCCCACGUGAACUCUUGUCCUCCUCCUCCCUCUCGACCUCAAAAUGGGAACUCGAGGCAAGUGGGCUUGCGCGUCCCUUUACGCUCAGCAACGCCAUCCGCAGACAGCGUCCCACCUUCUGCCCGACCCACACACUUCAACAUGGACCUCUCCCAGUUUGACUGCACGUUCCGGCCCCACAUUCAUCGUCGCCUCUUGUGUCAGGGAACUGAUCAUCACUUGAACGACAAGUGUCAGCGAGAUCUCUAUGUCUGCCUCCUGCACCUACUGUCAAACCUAACCGACGAGCCAACUGCCGCACUGCUACGGAACCUCAACCCUCAGGAGAGAUGUGACUUUCUCAAAUUGCUAACGUUCGCUAUCCGCCAUCUGAAGUACCGCGGUCUAAAGUGCAUAGCCAGAUUCAGCUCCAUCAGUGCGUGUACAGUCGCCCAGAGAGGCACUACGGAUUCGUCCAGGAACACGGGAAUCACUGCUGCCAAAUCUGACGGUGAAUAUCGAGCCCUGUUAGAGGCCAACUUAGUCACUGAAGCUGGGCUCAUUGUUUUGGACACCCUCAACCUCGUAUGCAACACCUUUCGCAGAGAGCUAGAAUGCGAGAAGCCCUCCAGCGCGCUAUUUCAGGGAAUCCUCGAUGUCUACGUAUGCCUACUAACAACAGGACAAUCCGAAGUUCUCCUCAAACACACCUUUUCUUCCCUCCGUGUUUUCAUUUCUAGAUUUGCCAGGGUUUUGUUCGCCGAAACAACUGACGGGUUGGCCAGGCUAUGUAUGGCCGCCCUCCGAACCUCCAACCUCAACCUCCUGCCCUCCUUGCCAGAGGAGACGCCGAACGAGGAUCCACUCGCCUUCACACCCGUCAACAACCCCAGCGGAACGCCAAACAGUCGCUGCGCCUUCGACCAGUCCAGUUCUGUGAAUAUUGGCAACCUUCGACUGGAGGCGUGUGGACUCAUCUAUCGAAUGUGGCGGUCGAGUUUUGAAGUUUUCGGCUCGCGUGGAUUUCAGCGAGUUCAUUUACAGAUGAUCAUCUCCUUGUCUAAGCUGGUGGGUGAUAUCGGCCCCGAGUUUGAGACAAGCCUCAGUCUGCUUCACAGCCUGACUGAGAUGGACAUCCAACGGGGCUCUCUCGGUGAUGACCCCUCGCACUCGCGAUCAAUAAGCCAAGUGGCCUCCUUGCACACCCCCUUCCGAGGAUCCAGUGCAAGCGCCUUCAUUGAGGGGAUCGAAGACCUCAUCAAACGGAUCCGGACGGUUCUUACGGCGACUGAUGAAAUGCGGACCUACGGCAAUGACCCUUAUCGCAAAAUCGAUUUGCAAUACUCCCUAGCCAAGUCAUACGCCAGCAACCCCGUGCUGAGACGAACUUGGCUGGAGAAAUUGGCUGAGCUGCACUUGGCCUCGAAGAACAUGGCCGAGGUUGCGAUGGCGAAACUCCACAUCGCUGCACUCAUGGCUGAGUACCUGCACAAGAGAGGAGAAUUCCCCGAGGGUUGCGAUGCUUUCUGCAAGGUAUCUGCGAACAUCCGUGUUGAAGAGGCAUGCAACCUGUGCGACCCGGCGAUCCUUGAGUUGUCCUACAACCAGGCAAGCGUCGUCGAGGAUCUGCUGAAGGAUGUGACGGACGCCGCGAUGGCACUUGAGGCCGCCGGUUUGUACGAGGCCCUUCAGCCCGUCUACGCCCUCAUCACCCCUGUCUACGAGACGCGACGCGAUUUCCUCUCAUUGGCGCGCAUCUACCAUCAUUUAGGAAGGGCGUACGAAAACACCGCAGAAGCCGAGGCCUCAGUUCAACGCCUCUUCGCCACGUACUUCCGUGUUUCGUUCUACGGCAAGGCAUUUGAGAGUCUUGCUGGCAAAUCAUUUGUAUAUCGUACCGAGGCCUGCCAGAAACUCAAUGUCUUUCUUCAAAGUCAAGUCAAGAUACACGAGGAUCGACUGGGCGUGGGUCGUGUCGAAAAGAUAACCGAGAAUUACGUCAAUCCAUCCAAACUGUCGCCUGACAAGGCCUACAUCCAGGUCACCUUCGUGGAACCGUACAUGUCGAAUGACAGUUUGAGUCAGCGAACAUCGUUCGACUUGCACCACGAUGUUCGGGAAUUCUUCUUCGAGACGCCGUUCAUCAUGCAACCGGGUGGGUUUGUUUUCAAUGAAGACAUCUCGUACCAAGUCGUCAAUUCUGCACUUUCUUGCUGUCUACUGGCCUCCUCCCACUCUACCUUGACAGGCAUGUCUGCUGAAGACUGUCUCCUAGCGCCGGGUCCGAAGAGGACCGACGACUUGUCGGCACAGUGGAAGCGUCGAACUAAACUAACAACCGAGGCUGUAUUUCCUCACCUUCGCUCGCGUCUCGAGGUCGUCUCCACUCGUGACUACGACUUGUCCCCACUGGACUCCGCGAUCGAUGCAAUCCAGGUUAAGGUCCGCGAGUUGUCUGCGCACAUCCCCUGCGCUCCCCAGAAAACUGCCAACACCUUCGCUCUCCACCUCUCAACCACUAAAAACCAGCACGGUGUUCGCGUCGUCGCAGCCUCCACACCGAACGGCGUGGGGGUGACCUCGAAGGGCGAGCGUCGAGUGCCCCUCCUGCUGGACAUGCAGCUGCAGGGCGCCCUCUUGCCCACAGUCAACCAGGGACCCAUGGCCUACGCCCACGCCUUCCUUGCUGCCGACAAGGCGAAGCUUCAUUCACCAGACAAAAUUCAGCGUCUGAAGAAAUUGUUCUUCGAUUUCCUGACCACUUGCCUGAUCCUCCUUACGCGUUACCGGUCCCUCAUGCUGAGAGUACACCCCGAAAAGUACAAUGCACUUCGGGAGUCAUUGGACCGAUAUCGGGUCGAACUAAGCAAUUUGCUAAACGAAGAGGUCAUCGUGGACGAAGCGCGGCUGCAGGUUGGUCCCAAGUCUCAAUUUUCUGGGGCCUAA